AUAAAAGCGGCAUUUCCAAGCAUAGAGGCACGUCAUUUGAUUGCGUCACGGCGUUGCUGCCGCUUCCGGGAUUCCACCGCUCUGAGUUGGAGCUAGAGUUGGCCCGUGGGAGUUUAUAUGACUGUUAAAAAGAAGGUUGAUCUUCCUCGCGAUGUUAUUUUGACAACUGGAAAUAAAGCGACCAUAUAUGUGUGUUGGACAACAGACUGUAGGUGAUUUGCUUCUCCCCGGAUUCGUGAUCAGCAUAAAGAAUGACUGGUCUGCCGUAGAUAAGGACCAGGUAAAGUAGUGAUAGCUGCUUGCCGUUUUGGAGGCGGAAGGCCCGUCCCAGGGUUGAGGAGAGGCAGGGGCUGUCUGUGGAGGCAUUGAAGUUACUCCGCCAGUGGGACCGUUUUGUAGAACAAGAUGGGACACUGUACCGUAGGGUUCAGUGCCCGGAGGGCGGAGAGGAGUUCUUGCAGCUGAUAUUACCAUCUGUUUUGAAGACCGAGGUGCUGACACAGUUGCAUCAAUGUCAUGGACAUCAGGGCAUUGAGCGAACUGCUGAAUUAGUUCGGCGAAGGUGUUAUUGGCCCGGGUUAGCAUCAGAUGUGGCCCGCUGGUGCCAGGAAUGCGAAAGAUGUCAGUCUGCUAAAGACACACGGCCAGUGGCGCAGAGUUUCAUGGGUCAUUUGUUGGCAUCACGGCCUAAUGAGAUUCUGGCCAUUGACUAUACGUUGUUAGAGCCUUCGACCUCAGGGGUAGAAAAUGUGCUGGUAAUGACUGACGUCUUCAGCAAAUAUACUCUUGCUGUUCCUACACGGGACCAGCGGGCUGAAACUGUUGCUCAGGUCUUGGUCAAUGAGUGGUUUUACAAGUUUGGUAUUCCAGGCCGGUUGCACUCAGAUCAGGAACGGAACUUCGAGUCCGCACUUAUUCGCCAGCUGUGCGGCCUGUAUGGAGUGGAGAAGUCUCGUACGACCCCUUAUCAUCCGGCAGGUAACGGUCAAUGCGAACGUUUUAAUCGGACUUUGCACAAUCUGUUACGUACUUUACCAGUGUCCAGGAAGAGGGACUGGGUGUCAUGUUUGCCUCAGCUUCUCUUCUAUUAUAAUACCACCCCUCAUCAAGCCACUGGUGAGUCACCCUAUUUUUUGAUGCUAGGACAGGAACCACGAUUGCCUGUGGAUUUCCUGUUGGGUAGGGUACAGGAACCAGUGGCUGGUAGUAUACACGAAUGGAUUCUGGAGCAUCAAGCCAGGUUGCAUACGGCUUUUGAAGGGGCACAAGGGCGAUUACAGGAGGCAGCCAAGCGACGGAAAAUGAAGCAUGACCAGCAGGUACGGGAUGUACCUUUGGUGGAGGGCCAGCGGGUGUACCUGCGAGAAUAUGGUCAUAAAGGUCGGCAUAAGAUCCAGGAUGUGUGGAGUUCGAUUGAGUAUCAGGUAGUGCGGGCUCCUUCGGAAGGUGGUGGGGUUUAUUCCAUUGCUCCCAGGGACGAUUUGAGUAAGGUGAGGAAUGUACACCGUUCCUUAUUGAAAGGGCGGGUACAGGGUAGUGAUUUUGCGGUAGAACCACCACAGCAGCAGUUAGAGUUUAGAGAGGUGCCUAUGCAGGAAGAGGAGGAGGAAGAGGAGAUUGAUUUGGUACAAGUAAUAGCUGGUGGUUCCAAUGUAUUGAGCAGGGAGAGUGUGGUGCCUAAUUCACCGGCAUGCAACGAAGAUCGGUCACCAGAGGGGGUACUAGACUUGGCUGAUCCAGGGCUUAUAGGUACCUCUGGUGAAGUAGAGGUGGUAGAAAGUCAUCCUGCCCCGGUAUCAGUUUUAGGGUUGGAAGUAGUUGAAGGGGUGAGACGAACAGGGCGAGUAACUGCAGGUCACCACUCCAACCUUCACCACCUCCCUCGUACGGUGAUCGGGACAGUGGCUUCCGGGUCUAAUUGUAUAGGGGCUAUUUUUAGACCUUGGAAUUAAGGUGACGGGGUUGUUAUUGGCUGGUGCAUCGUCGGGUCGGCGAUGCAAAAGCUGAGGGGGGUAGAUUGUGGUGAAUACCAGUUCGCCGAUAAUUAAGCGGUACCUCAGUUUGUAUAAAAGCGGCAUUUCCAAGCAUAGAGGCACGUCAUUUGAUUGCGUCACGGCGUUGCUGCCGCUUCCGGGAUUCCACCGCUCUGAGUUGGAGCUAGAGUUGGCCCGUGGGAGUUUAUAUGACUGUUAAAAAGAAGGUUGAUCUUCCUCGCGAUGUUAUUUUGACAACUGGAAAUAAAGCGACCAUAUAUGUGUGUUGGACAACAGACUGUAGGUGAUUUGCUUCUCCCCGGAUUCGUGAUCAGCAUAAGGGCGAUCUGGGUGCACGCUUAAUUAGUGAUAUCUGAAGUAGCCAUUCAAGAGGCAUGCUUGACGGCAUGGCCUAGCCGCGACAUUGCUGUUUUGCUUUAGUUUCA